AAGGGGGGGGGCGUCUCUCUCGUAGCCACCCCUGUCAGAAAGGAUUUACGACUCGGAAAAAAGGAAAGGAAAAGAGAGGAACUGACUUGGAGAUUUCGCAACUGCGCAGGGAGAGAGAGAGAGAGAGAGAGAAAUUACCAAGCCCUGGAAGGGUGGGUGUUUCUGCACUCAAGGCCAGGGGGGUGGCAUAAAACGCACGAAUCCUGACUCGCGCUGCCAGAGACUUUAAUAUGACUGAGCCCAGACGUCCGCUCUGUCUUCCCCACUUUGCCGUAUUGGGUUUAAGGUAGCUGCUCAGGGACUUGCUAUGUGGUCCAAAGCUCUGCUGCUUAUUUUCUGCCUUCAUGUGCUGCUGGGACAACCUCUCCUUCAAAGAGGUCCUGGGACCUCCACCGAUUUAGAAGGGGACCUCCUCUUCCUCUUGGACAGCUCCGGCAGCAUCUCGUAUUACGAGUUCUCCCGGGUCAAGGCGUUUGUUGCUGACCUCCUCCGGCCGUUCACCUUCGGCCCCCAUGGCGUCCAGACUGGCGUUAUCCAAAUCAGCACCGUGCCCUCCCUGGAGUUCCCCUUUGACCGCCACCUCUCCAGCGGGGCCGUCCAGCACGCCAUCCACGGCAUCCAACAGGUGAUGGGAGACACCAACACGGGGAAAGCCCUCUCCUUAGCCAAGGAGAAACUCUUCACCGAGGAGACCGGGGCCCGGCCCUGCGUGCCAAAGGUCCUGGUCUGGGUGACCGAUGGCCUCAGCAGAGAUGACGUCUCCAAGCCCAUGCAGCUCCUGAAGGACAUGGGGGUGACAGUUUUCAUCGUCAGCACCGGGCGCGGGAACUACCUGGAGCUUUCGGCGGCUGCCAGCCAACCCCCGGAGAAGCACCUCCAUUUCGUGGAUGUGGACGACCUGGGCAUUAUAACCAAAGAGCUGAGAGACAGCAUUGCAGAUGUGAUCCAGGCGGUGCGCCUGCGGGCCACAGAAAUCACUUCCAACAGCUUUAAGCUCACUUGGCCCCCGCUUCUGUCCCCUGACAUGGGGUACUUCGUUCUGGAGUAUGCCCCGACGGGAGACCCCAAGCGGAAAUUGACCAAACAGUUGACUGGUGACCGUACCAGCAUCGUGGUGGAAAACCUGGCACCCAAAACCACUUAUGAGGUUGCCCUCAUUCCGGAAUCCAAUGAGUGGUACAUCCCACCCAAGACCACUCGAGUCACCACACUGGAAGAGAUAAUCAGCCCUGUGCAGGUUCUUAUCUCGGAAUCCAAACCCCACAGUAUCCGGGUCGGUUGGUCUCCCACCCCAGACAGCGUAGCCACCUAUCAAGUCUUGUACGGCCCGCUGCCCGGGAACUCAGUCAAGCAGGUGGAAGUCAAAGGAAGCCUCAACAGCACGGUCUUGGAGGACCUGAAAGCCAACACGACCUACUUGGUGACCGUUUCAGCUAUUUAUAAAUCGGGCAAGGAGAAAGCGCUCUCGGCCAAAGCGUGCACCCAGGAAGAAAACUCCAAAAUAAAGCACCUCCGCUUCGAAGACCUGAGCCCCAGCACCGUGAAGGCCUCCUGGGAUCCUGCAGGCGGCAACGUUCUCGGCUACCGCGUCCGGUGUCGGCGGCAGGCGGGGCCGUCCACCCUUCUCAGCGUCUCGCCCCAAAUCCACAGCGUGCUGCUGUCGGAAUUGGCCGCAGGCAGCGCUAACAAAGUCUGUGUGAAGCCCGUGUAUAAGAACCUUCCCGGAAGAGCGCUGUGCCGGAUGGUGCACAUGCAACCCGCUUCGGCAACGGGAGGCUAUCAUCACCGACGGAGAGUGUGAGCCUGAAUGGACUACAGAGGCACCUCUGCAGAGCGGAGGGAAAGGAUUGGACGAGAAGGACCGUGGCAAGGAAGCAGUAUGAGAGAGUCGCUCUCCUAAACCUCCUCCAGCCCCUCUGGCUCCCCCUUGUGGCUGUCAUGCCUACAAAUCCUCAAGAUUUGGCCUGGCAUGUUGAAAAUGGCUCCACCCGGACGACGCUGUGAUGAGCUGUUGGCUAUCAAUCUCUUUAUCCUUCCUUGUAUUCCAGCAAAAGACUGGGAAUCUAAGUUCCUCUUCCCUUACUGUAAUUCUAUUUAUUUGUGCUUAGUAUUUGUUGUAGGUGAGAAAGGAGGUUACAGGAACCCCAGCCCAGCCCCGUAUCCGUGCCCCCUCGACCCCACUUUUCAGUGUGUUCUACGGCUGCGUAACCUUUAACGGAUGCCGCCGCAAUUCGAUAGGAGGCUAACGGAUGAGAGGCGCAAAGCAGAUGAAAAUCAAUUCCACAGGGACCAAGCUACAAUGGUUAGGACUGAAAAGUCCAGAGGGCAACCGAAUCCUAGCUAAGCAUUACACACGUUGUGUCGAAAAUUAGCCACGGAGAAGGCCGGGUCCAAAGGCAGAGAAUGCCAAAGGCUCAGCUGAAGACAGAACUGGAGAGGUUUAUCUGGUCACCUUUUGCUGCUGUUGAUCUGUGCUUCUCUUGCUGCU